ACGUACGCAACUUCAUAUGCCCCACCCCUUUUGUUUAUUUAUUUAUAACCUACAAUAAUUUAAUAAAGUAGAUUUAUUGAAAAAGGUGUCCUUAAAAUGCAAUAAUAAAUUCUUAUUAAGAUUACAAACCACUACACGAUCGGCCCUACUGCGUACAAGUCAAUAUGGAAGAUGAGAUAGAGGAGAUGGAGUCUCGGCCUCCGAGCGCUCGCCGGAACUUCUCUCUCCGCAACAAUGCAGCCAGACAAGUGGCUAUCAACUUUAUGCCGUCCAGGCAGCUGCCCGGCAACACGAUUCGCUUAAAACGCAAUGCAUCUCACAAUGCACUACUUGAAGAGGCAGUCGACGCGCCCGAUUCGGCGGACCGACAGGCCGAUAUCAUCGUGCGUGAGAUGGAGCAGCACUCCAGGCUCAUGGAGGACAAUCCCGAAGCUGAGGAGCUACGGAGGGAAGCCCUACGAGACUUGCCGCAAGGCUUGACAAUGAAGCGCCACGUCAGAGCCAAGCUGUCAGCCUCUGUCAGCCUCCGAUCCAAAAGCAAGCCUAUCUCUCUCUGCAAGCGAUUCAAGUACAGAAUGAGCUUUUUGUGGAAAAGGACACGCGACCGUUUCCGAGAUUUCAUCUUCUCCAUCGAGCUCUGGUACGAGCCAAUUCGCUCCAUCGAGGGCCACUUCGGCUCGGCAGUCGGGUCCUACUUCUACUUCCUACGAUGGCUGUUCAUGCUGGACGCUUUGCUGGCCAUUAUGCUGGUGGCUUUUGUAGUAGUGCCUCAGUUAUUGCACGAUGAGACAGGGAGUGGGAUUAAGGACAUGACUUUUCUGGACUUUAUCAGUGGAAAGGGUGCGUUGGAAGACUCCCUGCUAUUCUACGGCCACUAUCACACCAGCGACGUGGCAGCGCCGGGCUACAGCAUGCCGCUCGCCUACUUCUUCACCAUGCUGUGUCUCUAUCUCAUGUUCUUCGCGCUGCUGUGCUACAGAACCGCGUUGUCAUACCGACGGAACUUCAUAGAGACGGCGCGGAUCGGCGGCAUGAGCCAUGUAUUUGCCAGCAAGGUGUUCUGUAGCUGGGACUUCGGAAUCACCACGCGUACGGCCAGGGCGCUGCACGCCAACAGCAUCUAUAACGAAUUUAAGGAACUUCUUAACGAACAAAACAAGAAGCGAACCUCAAAGUCCUUCUGCGCACGAUUCGGCCAGCGUCUAGCCAAUAUAGUCGUUACCGCCCUCGUAUUAGCGUUCAUUGUUGGAGUGGAAUACGGAUUCUUACUACUUCUACAGAGGGAGAGCAAAUUGGCACAUUGGGAGAUACUGGUGUCUUUGGGAGUGACUGUAGCGGUGACAAUUUGCCCACUGUUCUUUGCGUUGGUUGUCAAGUUAGAAUACUACAAGCCCAGAACGGCCGUGUACGUGACGUUAGCACGAACAUGUUUCCUGGACAUCGGUACUCUGAUGUUGCUGCUCUACUACUGGUCUAAUUCCGCAGCUGCUUGCUGGGAGACGUCGUUCGGCCAGGAAGCGUAUCGGCUGGUGUUGCUCGACGCGAUAAUAUCGCUAGUAGUGUUGCCAGUUAUUGAGUUUUUAAGAGCUUUAAUUUUUAAAUUGAACCCAAAGUCCAGAGCGCCAGAGUUCAACAUCGUGUUCAACUCGCUAACCAUAAUCUACAACCAGGGCGUGCUGUGGUUCGGCAUGCUAUUCUCGCCUCUAUUGGUGGUAGCAGUAGCGUUGAAGUUCCUGUGCCUGUUCUACGUGAAGAGGGAAUGCGCUUUGAGAGCGUGCCAGCCGGCUAGAAAGAUUUGGCGCGCGGCGCAGACGCAAACGGUGCUGUACAUGUUGGUGACGAUGUCUCUCUUCUCGACUCUCUUCGGCAUCGGGACCUUGUUUUUAGGCACCAGCUCUCACUCCUGCGGGCCGUUCCAAACCUAUGAAACAGUGUUCUCCGUGUUCACGGAGGGCGUUCUGAAACUAUCCACGCGCCCUACUUUGCGCAGCAUACUGGUUUUCUUGACGCGUCCGGGCGUCAUUGGUUUCCUGGUGCUUACGCUGUGCGUUUUGGUGUACUACAUACGAGCCAAGGCCAAAGCGCAGCACUCCAUGGUGGAAAUACUGCGCCAUAUGCUGGUGCUGCAAGCCAAGGACAAGGACUUCCUGCUUAACGCCAUCGCCAAGGUCUCCAAAGGAGAGUGGAUGUACAGCCCAAAACCCGAAGACCCAAGCGACAGUCAUACCUGGAAAUACCUAAACGAGGUCCGCAAGCCUUCCAACGCGGGCUACCACUUCGACGCUUCCCGGCUCAGCCACUCGAUGCUCGGCGCGAACAAGAGCCGACCUAAUUCCUAUGCGCCGGAGAAAUCAAAGUCAAACGACGAUGGUGAUACGGAUAAUAGCUCUUUUAGCUGGCAAGGGUCGAGUUCAUGCUUGAAUAAGGAGAAUGAGAAGAAGUGGAUUUAGAUUACAAGCAAAAGUCGACCUAAUUUUUAAGUGCUGGAGAAAUUAAAGUCAAACGACGAUGGUGAUACGGAUAAUAGCUAUUUUAACUGGCAGGGGUCGAGUUCAUGCUUGAAUUAGGAGAAUGAGAAUAAGUGGAUUUAGACCGCAUUAUACGCUGUACAGUUUGAAUAAAUUUAUACGAAAUAAUUAAGUUUCGCUGAAAAUAGACGGGGGUCAAAUUUGGAGGUCUUUGCCUUUAUAAGGCAGAGGGAAUAUAUUUCCCACUUGAUUUUAAACUUUGUUUGAAAGUGAUAGGGUUCAAUUUUGCAUAAUUUUUAACACCUUUAUGCCUUAUAAAGAGAUAAGGUCCUUCAUUACUUGCUUGGUUUGAAUCGUACUGAAAGUGACAUCGUUAAUAUUUUUGGAAUCGUUAUUCUUAUGUUCCUUUUAGGGAUGUUGCGGAUGCAGAUUUUUUGACAUCCGCGGACGCGGAUGCGGAUACGGAUAUUUAAAGUCUCACAUCCGCGGAUGCGGAUGCGGAUGCGGAUGUCAAGACUUGGUACUUAAAAAACGUCAAAUAUUACAUUUUUAGCAAUUUUUAUUUAAAAAAAAACGAAACGUUUAGUAUUUGAGCAAGAAUAUAGGUGCGU